GCAUGUCACUUCACUUGAACGAUCUCUUUCUGUCGUAGCAUCUGAAGGUGAGUGGUUGUACGUGGUUUACGCAUAGGAGCAUAAUCCGUCGAUUUUCUUACCAAGAAGGUAGCAUCGGACUUCAGUUUUAUUUCAGAGUUAAUCAGUAAAGUUUUAUCAACGCUACACAAUGGGAAAAGAGAAGAUUCAUAUUAACAUUGUUGUCAUCGGACACGUCGAUUCUGGAAAAUCAACUACCACUGGUCAUUUGAUCUACAAAUGCGGUGGUAUUGACAAACGUACAAUUGAGAAAUUCGAGAAGGAAGCCCAGGAAAUGGGCAAAGGUUCCUUCAAAUAUGCCUGGGUACUGGACAAACUGAAGGCCGAACGUGAACGUGGUAUCACCAUUGAUAUUGCUCUGUGGAAGUUUGAAACUUCAAAAUAUUAUGUUACUAUUAUUGAUGCCCCUGGACACAGAGAUUUUAUCAAGAACAUGAUUACCGGUACCUCUCAAGCAGAUUGUGCCGUACUGAUUGUUGCUGCUGGUACUGGUGAAUUUGAAGCCGGUAUUUCAAAGAAUGGACAAACUCGUGAGCAUGCUCUGCUCGCUUUUACCCUUGGUGUAAAACAGCUGAUUGUUGGUGUUAACAAGAUGGACUCCACUGAACCACCAUACUCCGAGACCCGAUUUGAGGAAAUUAAGAAAGAAGUGUCAUCUUACAUUAAGAAAAUCGGUUACAAUCCAGCUGCUGUCGCAUUCGUGCCAAUUUCUGGUUGGCACGGGGACAACAUGUUGGAAGCCUCUUCAAAAAUGCCUUGGUUCAAGGGAUGGACUGUCGAACGCAAGGAAGGCAAAGUUGAAGGAAAAUGUCUUAUUGAAGCGCUUGACGCCAUUCUUCCGCCAAGUAGACCAACAGACAAAGCUCUCCGUCUUCCUCUUCAAGAUGUAUACAAAAUUGGUGGUAUUGGAACAGUACCAGUUGGUCGUGUUGAAACCGGUGUGUUGAAACCAGGUAUGGUUGUUACAUUCGCACCUGCUGGUUUGACCACUGAAGUCAAGUCCGUUGAAAUGCAUCACGAAGCUUUGCAAGAAGCUGUUCCUGGUGACAAUGUUGGCUUUAACGUCAAGAACGUAUCAGUUAAAGAACUGCGUCGUGGUUAUGUUGCUGGUGAUUCGAAGAACAAUCCACCUAAAGGUGCUGCUGAUUUUACUGCACAGGUUAUUGUGUUGAACCAUCCUGGCCAAAUCAGUAAUGGAUAUACGCCAGUGUUAGAUUGUCACACUGCACAUAUUGCGUGUAAAUUCGCUGAUAUUAAAGAAAAGUGUGACCGUCGUAAUGGAAAAACCACCGAAGAAAAUCCUAAAUCUAUCAAAUCGGGAGAUGCUGCCAUUGUUAUGCUCGUACCGAGCAAGCCUAUGUGCGUCGAAGCUUUCCAAGAAUUCCCGCCGCUAGGUCGUUUUGCUGUUCGUGACAUGCGUCAAACGGUAGCUGUCGGUGUUAUCAAAGCUGUCAAUUUCAAGGAUGCUGCAGGCAAGGUCACCAAGGCUGCCGAGAAAGCCCAGAAAAAGAAAUAACUAGUUUCCGUAUAUGUGUAUCGCCAGAUGGGCUUCGGCGUAUAGUAGCUGAAAUAGUUUACCUUCUUUCUUCACGUUCCUCGCACGAGAACAACGUUACGUUCCCAUUGGGGACUGUAAUAUUUUCUACGAAAUCGCGACCAACAAUUAAGGAUAAUAGAAUCGGUAAAGAAUCGCGAAGACUGGCAUUUUUUGUGCAUGUAAUUGCAUCUUUGCCACCUUUUUUUGAUAUUCGUAUAUUCCAUUUAUCGAAAUGGUUACUCCGUCAUUUUUCUCAUCGUAAAGAAUUUCGUAGGAAAGGUAAGAACAGCCAACAAUGGUAUGAAGCCGACGUUCUCGCCUGUGAGUUCCAUGAGAAAAGAAAGUAAACUAUGAAAAAAGCUACUUAUAACACCUGUUUCACAUCUACAUCAUAAUUUAGCUCGGCUUAAUUAUAUUUUCUAAUUAUACGGAAAUAAAUCCUACAUCUGCGA